GGCAAACAUAUUCAUUCCUACCGUGCGCAGUUAAGAAUGGUCAAUGUUGCGGUCAUUGGUUGUGCUCAUGGAGAGCUGGACAAUAUCUUUCACCUGGUCAGGUACAUGAUGACCCAGAAGAAUGUCGCGAUCGAUCUGUUGAUUUGCUGCGGUGAUUUUCAGGCGGUUCGUAACCGUCAAGAGAUGGAAUCGAUGGCCGUACCGGCGAAAUUUCGUCGCAUGACCGAUUUCCAUCGAUAUUAUGAUGGCAGUGCACAAGCGCCAGUGCUGACGAUUUUCGUUGGCGGCAACCACGAGGCAUCCAGCUAUAUGGCAGAACUUCCUUACGGUGGAUGGGUGGCACCAAAUAUCUAUUACUUAGGCAUUGCGGGCGUGGUGAACGUAUGCGGACUGAGGAUUGCAGGCUUGUCAGGCAUAUAUAAAAGCCAUGACUAUUACAGAGGUCACUUUGAGGUUCCGCCGUAUUCCAAUAGCACUGUCAGAAGUGUGUACCAUACAAGAUCUGAGGAUGUGUUUCGACUGAAGUGUAUCCGACAGCCGAUCGACGUGUUCGUUUCACACGAAUGGCCUCUAGGCAUCCAUCAUUUCGGCGAUUACUCGACUCUUUUCACUAGGAAGCCGUUUCUACGGGACGAUGCAGAAAACGAUCAACUGGGCAGUCCACCUGGUCGCGAAUUGCUGGAACAGUUGAAACCUAGGUUUUGGUUUGCGGCUCACUUACAUGUGAAGUUCGCCGCAUUCUGCGAUCAUGGGGCAGGGCGUUCUACUCGGUUUUUGGCUCUUGACAAAUGCCUGCCUCACCGUAAAUUCGCCCAGGUUGUCCAGAUCCCGACUUCUGGCGCCGAAAACGUUCCGGCAAAAUUGAUGUAUGAUCUCGAAUGGUUGGCCAUCCUUCGUCAGACCGACCAUUUGAUGAAAUCGUUUGUGAAAACCGCCCCGGCAGAAGCUGAUCUUAAUGGACACACAACUGUGCUUCCGUUUUAUCUCAACCCCCAGACAAAAAUCUUUUGUGACAAACUCGGUAUUACGGAUAUUCCAUCGAUUUUGCAGAAACGGGUGCCAACAUCUGUUUCAAGCAAGGAAAGCAAAGAUGAUCCUAGUGGAUCAUCUUCAAUAUUCGACUCGUUCCUUUCAUCCACCACCGCGACCUUUUCAGAGUCCAGUUUCAAUCCAGAUGAAAUAUUAUUGGACGAAACUGGCUCGGAAGCGGUCGAGAAAGAAAUAUCCACUUGUGAAAAUGAUCUGUCUUUCGCGGGGUUAAAGCGAGUUAUUUCAUGUGACUCUGGCGCACCUGCCAUGCUGAAACGUAGGAAUGAAUCGAUUUAUUCCGAUACCCCUGAGUAG